AUGGACGAGGAUGAGGAGCCCCGGGAUGAUCUGCGCCCUUAUCGAGUUUCCUCCGUUUCUUCCAAGCUCAGCCGGGAGCACCUGGAGCGGAAUUUUUCCGAUUGGGAUUCGUUCCUGUUCCCGUGCGGCGCAGAUUCCCGGGAUUGGGAAUAUUUCUCCGGGAAUUGUUAUUAUUUCUCCUUGGCGCGGACGAGCUGGGAGCGCGCGCGGGAGCGCUGCCGGGAGAGAGGAGCUCAACUCGCCGUCAUUGGAGGGUUCCCGGAGCAGGUGGGGACUAAAUCUGACUGGGAAUGGGUGGAUGGGAGCGACUACGGAUCCUCCUUCACAUUUUGGAAGGAGGGGGAGCCCAACAACAGCGGCAACAACGAGGACUGCGCCCAUUUGUGGAUUUGGGGCCAAUGGAACGACGUCCACUGCACCUUCGAGUGUUAUUUCAUCUGCGAGCGGCCCCUCACCCCAAAAUCCCAAAUUUCCCACUGAUUUUUGGGAUCCCGACCCCCCCCUUCCUGCUUUUCCCAACCGGGAACCGAAAUUCCCAAAAAAAAGUGGGAAUUCGGGGCAUUUCUGGGGAAUAAAGGAAGAUUCCUGCUCUGUUUUGGUGUCCUGAG